AUGAGCAUACCCCUCUGCAGCCAGCACGCCCUGCUCACCCGGUGGGGCGGGGUGGUGGUGCUGCCCUGCCGGCCGGGCAAGUACGUGCGGCGGUGGGCCGGCCGCAAGCCUCAGCGGCGACCGAGCCUGGCCAGCCGGCGCGUGCCGCUGUGGGUCGUCGCCACCUCGCUCGUCGGGUCCUUCCUGGGCAUCUUCCUCGUCGGCCUCCUCGACGACUUCCUCUACUCGCCCGGCGACGUCCCGCUCAAUCUGGUAGGCGGACAUGCCCUCUCCUCGUUCAUCGGAGUCUCAUGCCACAAACUAUUUGCACACGUCUCAAUGCCGUUGGCUGCCGCGUUGGCCGUUUCAAUAUCGAUCGCCGUCAUGCAGCUCACCUGCACGCUGCACCCGCCCGGAGGAGCGAGCGCGAUCAUAGCCGUGUUGGCUUCGGGGAAGGUGGUGGAGGCCGGCUACUACUACGUGGUCACCACGGUGCUGGGCGCGCUGGUCAUGCUGGCUGUCGCGCUCGCCGUCAACAAUCUCCCCCGGCCACCAAACCUCAGGCACGCACCGCCUCUUCGACCGAAAAACAAAUAA